AUGAGUGUUACUAUAAAGAGGAUGAAAAGGUCUAUUUUUAGGGUUAGUGAGAGGGACGGGAAAGGGGGUUAUGAGAUGGGGGUUAGGUUUGCACUGGGGUUAGGGUUGCGCUGGAUUAGGGUUGUGCUUAUGGUAGGGUUGGUAUUGAGCUUAGGGUUAGGUUCUGCUGUAGAUAUGUUUAAGAAUGGGGUUGUAUUUGGUAUACGUUUGGAUGGGGUUGGUAGGGUUGUGUGGUUGCGUGAGUUAGGUCAUGUGCAAGAUUGGGUUAGUUAUGCGUUAGGGUUGGUUAUGCAUUAG